AUGGAGCUCCGUAAACGGAAAAUCCGAGCUCCGUUACCCAUAUUCGUAACUAUUACGUUAUUCCUCCUUCAGCUUUGGGCCGUUACGGCCCAUACCAACAAUAGCGGUGAAUCUUCCGCACAACCCUCUGUUAACUCCCCGUUAGUGAAGACCAGUACUCGAUUGCUGUCGUCAUCACCGUCGUUCACGGGAAAAAGAUUCUCGUUCCGGUUUAGGUGGAGGAAAAGACGACGUCGUAACAAAGUGAACAGAGCGAGCAUAGAGUUUCUAUUCGCACACAACCUCAUACGAGCGCGCGUGGGAGAACCGCCGUUAGAAUGGGACGGGAGACUAGCGGCGUACGCGCGCGCGUGGGCUAAUCAGCGCGUGGGAGACUGUAGGCUUGUUCAUUCCAACGGUCCGUUUGGAGAAAACAUAUUUUGGGCCGGACAGAAUAAUUGGAGGCCCAGUGACGUUGUUAAAGUUUGGGCCGAUGAGAAUAGGUUCUACGAUGUGAAAUCUAACACGUGUCAGCCGGAGCAGAUGUGUGGACAUUACACGCAGAUCGUGUGGAAAGAUAGUACCAAGGUUGGGUGCGCACGUGUGGAUUGUUCGGAUGGUGGUAUAUAUGCGAUUUGUGUUUAUAACCCACCGGGAAAUUACGAAGGUGAGAAUCCGUUCGGGAGUUAUACAGACAAUAUUGGUCUUACCCGGGAUGAUCCACCGGCGGUGAUCGUGUAA